AUGGGAGUCUGUUUAACUAUCGCUUGCUAUCUCAUCACGUUCUCUCCAUCAGCCGCGUUAUCUGUCAGCCGCUGCCUUUCUCUGGCUAGCUUCUUUACUUUGGUGACUGUCAUCAAUGUCGAUGGUGUGGGAUGCCCUUCCUGUAGCUGUAGCAUGUUCUAUCAUUUUGCAAGAUGCCGCACGAGUUUUCUACUUCUGGCUAUUGAAAAAAGCGCAAAGAUCACUGCUCCUGGCGCCUCUUCAAUUGCUCCAGGCGUUUCUGAUCUUCACAACGCUAGGCAUAUGCUUGCUUUGGUCUGCGGUCUUGGCAUGGGUGUGAUGGCUGCUUUGUUUCUAACAAUGAACGUGUUCGCUGAGUUUGCUGGGCCGGCUACAAUUGGCCUUCCACGAGCUGUCAAAGAGAAUAAACGCGACAUGUUUUACGCCGGUCCAUAUCUUCCUCUCUACUAUGCUCUGACAGGUUGCUUAGCUAGCUUAUUCGGCGUUGUGUGGACGAUAAUGAGCUGGUUCAAUUCCGAAGGCUACCAACCGUUCGUCAUUCUUGCUCAGUUCAUCCUGCUUCUUUGCUGUGUGGUCUAUUCACAAAUCAUAAUGGGCGCAACAUUCGAUACAGUUAUCGAUGGAGUUUCUACUACUUUGCUGGACUGGAUUACACUGAAGUGGUUGCGACAAAAACUGCUGACGAACGAAGGGUCAUUCUCUCCAGUGGAGGAGAUAGAGGCAAACGAAAGGAGAGAAGUCAACACAUAA